AUGGCUCUUCUUGUUGAUAAGCUGCGGCCACGCACCCUCGAUGCUCUCUCAUAUCACCCCGAGCUUUCUGAUCGCCUGCGCUCAUUGGCACAAAGCGGCGACUUCCCCCAUCUACUAGUCUAUGGACCGUCAGGCGCCGGAAAGAAAACACGCAUAAUUGCAACACUGAAGGAAUUGUACGGACCCGGAGUCGAAAAGAUCAAGAUCGACGCCAGAGUCUUCCAAACGACGAGCAACCGAAAGCUAGAAUUCAACAUCGUCUCCUCAGUCUACCACAUGGAGAUCACUCCCGCAGACGUCGGAACCUACGACCGAGUUGUCGUCCAAGAAUUGCUCAAGGAGGUUGCGCAGACACAGCAGGUGGAUAUGAGCGCGAAGCAGCGCUUCAAGGUCGUCGUGAUCAACGAAGCUGACCACCUCACACGUGAUGCUCAAGCUGCUCUCAGACGUACCAUGGAGAAAUACAGUCCCAAUCUGCGGUUGAUUCUCUUGGCCAACAGCACCUCCAAUAUCAUUGCGCCUAUUCGUUCUCGAUGCCUGCUGGUCAGGGUUGCCGCGCCUACUGAGAGCGAUAUUUGUUCUGCGCUCCAUUUGGCAGGGCAAAGAGAGGGAUGGGCCGAGUCGGAGGUGCUUAACCAGAGAAUUGCAAAGGAGAGUGGUCGAAAUUUGCGUCGUGCGCUCCUCAUGUUUGAGUCUAUCUAUGCACAAAACGAGAAGGUCACGGAUAAGACUCUGAUCCCACCCCCGGAUUGGGAGGCCCUUGUUACCGUGACAGCGGAUGAGAUCCUGGCUGAACGGUCGCCUGCCCGUCUGUUGCAGGUCCGCGCUCGUCUUUAUGAUCUCCUAACCCAUUGUAUCCCGCCAACCACUGUUCUGAAGACUUUGACAUUCAAGCUUGUCGCACGAGUUGACGAUCCGUUGAAGGCCGAUAUCAUUAAGUGGUCUGCUUUCUAUGAACACCGCAUCAAAUUGGGAAGCAAAGUUAUCUUUCACCUCGAAGCUUUCGUGGCUAAGUUCAUGCGCAUUUACGAAAGUUACCUCAUGGGCAUGGACUUUUAG